AUGGUGCUUCAAGCACGCUCCAGUGACACUGGAGCCCACAACAACGACGGCAGUGCCCGAUUGGAGGCAAUGCGCCACCUGAUCGACUCGAAGGAUGAAGAGAUCGAGUGUCUGAGACAGCGACUCGCGGCCGUGCUCGGUGGAGGCAGCCGGCUGGCAGACCCCUCCAUGCGCGUGAAUGGGGGUGGUGAGGUCGCUUGUCCCCGAACCAGGUGCAGUGAUCCGGAGGCCGAGAAGCUGCGGACUCAGGCCAAGGCCAGGGCACAGGAGGUCCAGACCCUGACAGCACAGCUGGCAGACGUGGACGGCUGGACCCUGUCGGCCCAUGCCAAGGCCCGGGACGCCAUCAUCGCCGACCUGACCUCCCAGCUCCAGGCGGCCAGGGCGGAGGUGGAAUUGCGGGUGCCCGGCGCCGAGCACGCGGCCGUGGUCGAGGAACUGGAAAGCACAAAACGCGGCCUGGCGGCCGCGCAGCGUGCCGCAGAGGCGCGGGAGGCCGCCGUGUCCCUGGCGCAGGCCGGUACCGCCGAGCUGGAACGACGCCUGGCCAGCCGGGAGGCAGCAAGGGAGAAGCUGGCCGCCCUGCAGGCGUCCCUGGACGAGAGCCGCGAGAAGGCGGCGGGGCUGUCAUCCCAGCUGGCGACGGCACACGCCAGCCUGGCAGACGUGCGCGGCACGCUGCAGAGGAAGGAGGGCGUAAUGCAGCGGCAGGCCGCCCGGGCCAGGGAGAUGGAGGCCGAGCUGGCCGCCCUGCGUAAGACCCUGAUGCAGCAGCAGCUGAGCUUGGCAGCCAGGGCGGGGCUGGAAAGGGGGGCAGGCGCUGUCGGCCAUGGCCCGGCAAAGGGGCCCGAAGCCUCGUCCCGGGCGUCGCUGCCGAGCCCCGGCGCGGACGCCGCGGCCAUCGCGACCUUGCGCCGCGAGAAGGCUUCCCUAGAGAGGGCGGCGAGCGCGGCGGAGGGCCGGGCAGCAGAGGUCGAGGCAGAGUGCACGCGCCUGACCACCCUCCUCGAGCAGCUGCGUGGCAACGAUGUCAUGGCGGCGCUGAGGGGGACGCGGGCGCAGCUGCGCCAGUGCACCGCACAACUGGGCCGGGAGACCGCGGCGCGGUCACAGGCAGAGACAGCCGCCAGUGCUGCGUGCGCAGACUUGCGCCAGGCUCUGGAAGACAAGGAGGGCAUGGAGCGGUUGCUCCGGGAGGCUUCACUGUACCAUGAAAGGUUUGUGGUGUUGUCAUGUCUGUCCCAGCGUCUGGCGCAGUCAGAGCAGGCUCUGGCCAGUAUGCACGCGGAGAAUGCGAAGCUCCAGGGGUGCAAGCAGGGCCUGGCUGCUGCCGAAGCUGCUGCCGAGGACGCAGCUCGACACGCCGCUGAGCUGUCCUUGUGA